AUGCUUGGCAAGAUUGCACUCGAAGAAUGCUGGACAAUUCCAGAGGAGUUGACCAACAAUGAUCCGGGCAAGUUCGUUGCGCCCGGGACGGGCUCCCGCCUGACCAGCGAAUUGCUUGAUAUUCAUGACAUGCGUCUGAAGCAGAUGGAAGAGAACGGUGUAGAUUUUAUGAUCCUUUCGUUCAACGCCCCUGGAUGCCAGGGAAUCGCCAACAAGGCCAUGGCCGAAGCCCAAGCUACCCUGGCGAAUGAUCGACUUGAAGCUGAGGUGAUGAAGGAUCCGGCUCGUUUUGCCGCCUUCGCGGCCCUGAGCAUGCAUGACCCUGCUCAGGCAGCAGCUGAGCUCCGGCGUUGUAUGACAGAAAAGAAAGGGUUCGUCGGUGUGCUGCUUAACGACUACCAGAGCGCCGGUGCAGACGGUAAUGAGAUGCUCUACUUUGACCAGCCUGAGUAUGAUGUCUUCUGGAAAGAGGCGAAUGAUCUGAAUGCCGCCGUUUACAUGCACCCCCGGCCAUCUAAUAAGCUUAUUCACAAGCUCAUGUGGGAUGGUCGUUCAUGGCUGGAUUUCUCGGCCUUGGGCUAUGCGGAUCGCCUGAACAUGCAUAUUUUGGGCAUUGUUACGAAUGGGGUGCUGGAUCGCUUUCCCAAUCUCAAGGUGAUCUUCGGCCACAUGGGCGAGCAUAUUCCCUACGACCUCUAUCGCAUUGAUCAUAAACUGGAUCGUGGUCGCUUCCCCAACAUGCCAAUGCGAAAGGACAAGCUCGUGAGCGACUAUUUUGGCGACCAGCUCUUUAUAACUACCUCCGGCCACUUCUCAACUCCAGCCCUGAUGUGUGCCAUAGGCCAGGUUGGUGCGCAAUCGAUUAUGUUUUCCAUUGACUACCCAUUCGAGAGCAUUCCGAACGCUUGCGGUUCGUUACCAUGA